AAUAUCCCAUAAAGGAUCCACAAUUUCCAGCUGGGCGUGGGAGCAACAGCCCCCUGAUUGGAGCAGCAGGAUUCUCUGGGAGGCAGGCGUUGAGCAGAGAGUGGCUGGAAGCUGGUUCUUUGCCAGUCCUACUGUGCUAAAACCGAAAGUGAGGACUUUUUUCUUUCAUCGUUGAUUUUGAAUGAAAACAAGAGUGAGAAAAACAAACCAGCUCCCACUCUCCAGUCCUGAUCAUUCUUUUCGGGGGCUCCUCUUACCCCUUUGUUGCUGGGAAACAAUGGAGCUUUUCAAGUGGAGCCUGAGUUGGAUGUGCCUCCUUCCUUUGCUACAGGUAUCAGAGGGGCAAAGCUUCCUCAUAAAGAACAUCCGGCUGGAAAAAUGCAUCCAGGUCGCCCACCAUGAUAGCGACCAGAUCAGCCUGGCUGAUUGCAAGCUGCACUCCCAGCAGCAGCAUUGGAGGUGGGACCCCAGAACAAAGUCCAUCAUCAGCCUUAAAACCAAACAGUGCCUGACCAUCCACAAGCCACAGGAGUUUGCAUCAGCCUACCUGGAGCCAUGCGGGGACAGGGAGCGCCAAACAUGGGCUUGCAGCAAGAAGGGACACUUGACCUUGCAUGGCCUGGGCUUGCAUCUCAACGCGAAGCAAGGCCACAAGGUCUUUGUGUCCCGGGAGAAAGACAAAUUCAGCAAGUGGAAGACCCUGUCAGAUGAAACUGUCUGUGCUGUCAGCCCCACAGUGGCUCCCAGGCUUGGUGACCUGAUGCAAGAAGCUGUAAAUGCAUUGGUGUGGGUUCACGAAACUAAAACCAUCAGUUCCUCAGCAAAGAUCCACACCAGCUCCAGGGGCUCUCUGCUGGAGUUGCCUGCCUCCACGUUGGCUGAGUUUAACAGCACAGUUCCUCCACCACGGAGCCACCAGAUGCUUCUAGCAAUCGAGGAGGAGGUGCCUGGCCAAUUUAAAAAUCAACCUGGACACCGAGGGAAAGAUGCUGGGGCCAGGUCUACAGCCACCAACUGGAAGACAGCCAUGCUAGUCCUCAGCCCCUUCGCAUUUAUAUUGGGGCUGAUUAUACUGACACUGAACGUUCGUUACAACAAGAAGAAGAAGCUCUCUGCUUUGAAGAGCUACCCAGAGAGCUGCAGCAGAGCUGGCUUACAGGAGCAGUCCCCAUUAAUGGUGACAGCAGGCAGCUGGCCACGCAGCAUUCCAGACUCUUCCCCUUCCUUGCCACACGGGGAAAUACUGAUUGAGUGGAAGGAUGGGACUGUCACUCCCCUUUUUGAUAAUGCUAACUUUUAGAUGGGCUACCUCAGAACUAACUGAGCCCAUUGCUUCUAUGCUGUAGUAUCCUCUGAUAAGAUACUCCCACUGGGAACAAUCUGUCCUUAGUGAAUUUUUUUCAGUAGCCUAAUGGUUUUGGUAGAAACCAGCAAACACUGUUUAACACUUGAGAACAAUCACAUGAUGUGACACAAAGUUGUAGCAAGCAGGGCAAAUUGUGUUCUGUUUGUUGCGAUGCACAGUGCUUAAACUUUCUCAAGAGUUCUGAUUUAUUCUGUAAGGAGACCCAUAUGUAACCACAGAGUGCCUAGCUGGUUUCUAAUGUUCCUUGCCUUUUGCUUUCCUUUGGAUUCUAGCACCACUGAUCACACAAGAAAUGUUAUUCCUCCAAGUCAAAUGGAAAGGUGAAUAAACAAAUCCUGGUAGGUUUGAUUUGACUUCAAAGUGGAAACCUGGAUCCCCAAGCCAGCUACGCGCUCAAAAAGCUGCUCAGUAACUUUGGCCAUAAGAGAAUGUGCCACUUAUCAGCUCCGCCUUCAGCAGCCAAAACCAAAAUGACCGUCCCGGACAUUCUCCAGCCAUUUGCUGAAGUUCCCCCCCUAAAAUAUUAAGGAAGAACAGUUUCUUUUUUCUAAAUAAAAGACAUUGCACUCCACCUUUGCAUCCUGAACCAUUGCAAACCAGCUGAUGGCAGAGAAGCUGACUCACCAAGAGUUUUAUAUUCCUGGUACACAAUGCUAAUUUACAAUUCUACAGCACUUUUCAUCCCUCCAAAUCAUAAACCACUUAAAGAAUGCUACAUGUGCCAUUAACAUGCAGCUACCAACCAUGGCUUCAACUAAUACAGCACUUUUUGUUUUGGCCAAUGUCUGUUCACCACUGUUGACUGAGUAGAAUGGGUUACUUGAAAAUGGCUUUGUAUUCUUGUUUAAUAUAUAUUCUUGCACUUAAACAAAGCAAUGCCAUUGUUUACAUGGUGUUGCUUAAGCAGAAGCUGAAAAAUAACAAUGAAAAUAUGACUGUGAAACAGAACGUUGUUAGUCAUUUUCUCUUGCUUGUUUACUGAUUGAUUUUCUUUAAAAAAAAAUAAAAAAAAUAUUUGCUC